UCGUCGAUCGCAGCCAAACAUUGAGGGAUGUCUGGGAGGUUUCAUUCCUGCAAGACCAAAGACCUCACAGGAGAUUUAAAAAUAAAUAUAUUAAACAGUAACAAGAUUAGCAGAGAGGGGAAGUGAAGAGAAACAAGGGAUUGAAAGAGACCAAAGACGAACUUUGCUCCCAAGGACAGAAACUGCUUUGCAGGAGAGAGAGAGCAAGCGAGUUGCAACAGGCAAGAGAUAAGAAAAGCAAGUUAAACUUGCUCAAUAAUGGCUUACCGACUUUUUGAAGGGAAGGAACACGCUUCCAUCUACCAACAGUAUCGGUUUACACCUCCAUCUGGGCUCAAGGACAUUAUCAUUCAGUACUUGGACCAAAAGAAGGGACAGCCGCAUGUGCUUGCUGUAGAUCUGGGAUGUGGAACUGGUCAGCAUACUCGACUAAUUGCGCCGCACUUUAAAGAAGUGGUUGGCAUCGAUAUCAGCGACUUCCAACUGGAGGAGGCCCGGACCGUGCCGGGAUACGCUAACAUCACAUAUCGUAAAGGGACAGCAGAAGAGCUUCCUUUUGAGGAUGGAACUGUAGACUUGUUGACAGCAGCUUCGGCUGCACAUUGGUUCGACCCGACCAGGUUUCUGCUUGAGGCUGAUCGGGUCCUGAAGCCGAGGGGCUGCAUGGCUCUGCUGGGCUUCACAGACAGUAACAUCAGAUUAAACUAUAAGAACUGCGGAGAGAAGCUGAACCAUAUCUACCAGGAGGUGAAGGUGUUGCUGCAGCCGUACACAAGCAACCCAGUCGCUGCAUCAGAGAGUAAACUGGAAGACUUGUAUUCCGCCAUACCCUUUCCAGACAAGGAAAGGAUUGAGAGUUUCCAGUGCAAAUCCAUGAUCUCUGUCAGAACAUUGGUGGGUUUUAUUAGCAGUUGGUCCAUGUACAAUUCUUACAAGAGAAAAGACCCACAAGGGGCUGAAGACAUGCUGGCCAAGAUUCAGAAGCGGUUCCUGGAUGAAAUGGGCGCCACUUCUGUUGACACUGAAAUAGAACGGGAGUGGGAAUAUUUCUGCAUCCUGGCUUCAAAGCCACAAUAACCAACACUACAACAUUAUGUGCUACUAACCACUGGAAGACGGAUGAUGUGACAUAUUUGACAUAUUAAUGAUGUUUCAAUUUGUAAUUCACAAAGCACUAACAAAAACCGGAGACUGGACUGUUGUGCUUAUUUGGCUUCGUACCCAGGCAGAAUUUCAGAGUAUUUUUAACAAUUGCCUUGAUCGAAGGUUUACGCUACAUUUGAGUAGUUUCUGUUAUGAUUUAAAAAGAGAAAACAGAAUUGCUUGACAAUAAAGGGUGUUAGCUAAUCAUUAGUUAUGAGUGACACAGACAUGUUGUAAUGGACAUAAAUAUUAAAUUCUUUCAAAGUUAUGAGUACAACUCAAGUUGAUUCCAUUUAGGUGAGUCAGAUAAAAACACAAAGAGAGAAACACUUUGCACAACUGGGCAAAGAAUCUCUUGAUAUUUAAAAUAGUUUUUAGGAGGAGUGCACAAAUCAGAAUGUUUGGAUAGGAUGUUCAUUUGUUCUACUAUCCCCUUUAAGCUGUGCAUUUUGCAUUUGUAAUGAUAUUUUGACAAACAGUUUAAAGUUUGCUUUUUGGUCUGUCUCUACAACUUCUGGAGAACCUUAAAGUAGUGACUUAUCAAGAUAUUUUUUAAUUUGUCCUCCAAUCAAAGCAUCCCAUGCUGUUAUUUUUCUUCACUGGAUCUGUUUGUAUGUUUUAAUCAGAGUACUUUACUCCUCUGUAUGUCUGUAGAUCUGGAGUGUCAGCAUUCUAGUCAUUCUCCAAACUCACUUUUCACUGCAGAGAUCUUUUAUAUGAAACAUGUUUUGUUAGCGUAGCAUUUUCCAAACAUUUCUGAGUGGUGCUUUCUGGAUUUUACUGUGAUCUCCACACCUUGUCGUUUCUUUUGACACUUUCAAAGGAAUCUCAGAUUCUGUUUUUCGCUAACAGGAUCUGAGAUUCUUGUGCGAUUGCAUUCUAAAAAGUGUGAAAAAUCUCUCCUUACACCCUAAAUUUCUGCAACAAACUUGAAUGUUUACCACAGGGAAAGCAAAAUGUAACUUUUUUAGCUUUAUAUGAUGCAUAUUAUUAUUCCCUCAUAAAAACAAAACUACAGUGUUGCUUUGUUACUUUCAUGCAUGCUUGAGGAAACCUGGAAUCUCCCAUGGCAACCAUUUAGGAAAGAGCGGGAGCUUCUUAAAGAAGCAGAGGCCAAUUUCAAGGCAUCAGUUGCAUAGUCAAAUUUCUUUUACAUUAUAUUUGAUAUAUACAGCAUUUUCUAUAAUAACUGAAUGUAACAUAGUUACUUGAUUGUGCUACUAAAUGGCACUAUGUGCCUAAAAAAAUUCACAAUACCACCCCUUUAAAAAAAAGUAUUCAAAACAACUAAAAACAAAAAUUUUUCUUAUUUUUUACUUUAUCUAGUAACUUUCAUCUGUGCUUUUGUGCAGCCUUCCCCUAAACUGUAAACUUUUUUCCCACCCAUUAAUCCUUGCUCUUGUGACCAAUACACACUUAAGGUGGAUCAAAUAUUUUUUUAUUCAUUGGAAUAAUGAUUAAAAGCAGUCAAACACUAUAUUGAUUUAGAAUAAGUUAUAAUCUCAGCACUUUUGUAGCGUUCUAGAGGUUUAUCCAUAAAUAUGUUUGUUGUAUCAAAGUGAUAUAAUUGUUCAUACUUGAAAAGUAAUUUGUAAUAUCAUGAUUUUGUACAAAAAUGAAAAGUAUUGCUAAAGCAAUAAAGUUUUCACGUUAUAAUGAA